AUGAGAGUAAAAGUAAUUAGCCGCAAUCCUGACGAAUAUUUGCGAGAAACCAAAUUUGAUAUCCACAAGGUUGUUAGAAACUAUGACCCAGCAUUACACCCUUUUGAAGCUGCUAGAGAAUAUACCAGAGCUUUAAACGCUGUUAAACUAGAAAAAGUAUUUGCAAAGCCCUUUAUCGGAAAUUUGGAUGGCCACAGGGAUGGAGUGUCUUGCAUUGCAAAGCAUCCCAAACGUCUCUCGGUUUUAAUCAGUGGCGCCUUUGAUGGAGAAGUGAGAGUUUGGGACAUUGCCCAACGCAUAAGUUUGAGAGAUUUCGUAGCACAUAAUGGUAUCAUAAGAGGAAUAACGUACACUCCAAGCGGAGACCACUUCAUAACCCUCGGAGACGACAAAUGUAUUAAAACAUGGAAAUCACUAGUUCCACAAUUUGGGGAAGAGGAGGAACCUAUCAAUACAGUGUUAAGCAAAACUGUCCUUACGGGUAUCAGUCAUCACAGAAAGAAGCCAAUUUUUGCCACUUCUGGAGAAGUAUGUCAGAUUUGGGAAGAGAGUCGUAAUGAACCGAUAAGAACAAUUGAAUGGGGGGUCUAUAGUUUGCACGACAUUGUAUUCAAUCCAGUGGAGAGUAACAUAUUAGCGGCUUGUGCUAGUGACAGAAGUAUAAUUUUGUAUGAUAUGAGGGAGAAUAAACCGUUGAGGAAAGUUAUUAUGAAUUUGAAGACAAACAAAUUGUCUUGGAACCCCAUGGAGGCGUAUAUCUUCACCUGCGCUAACGAGGAUUACAAUUUGUACACUUUUGACAGUCGCAACCUUAAACAACCAGUCAACCUUCACAGGGACCACGUUGGCGCCGUUACAUUUGUAGAUUACUCCCCAACAGGCAAAGAAUUCGUUUCAGGUAGUUACGACAAGUCCAUUAGAAUAUUUGAGAUGGACAAAGGGCAUUCGAGAGAGAUCUACCAUACAAAGAGAAUGCAGCGUGUCACUUGCGUCCAUUGGUCUCUUGACAACAAAUAUAUCAUGAGCGGGUCCGACGAGAUGAACAUUCGAAUUUGGAAGGCUCGAGCCUCGGAAAAACUCGGACCGUUGAAACCAAGGGAAAAAGCCGCUCUGAGGUACAGCGAAACUCUCAAGGAGAAGUUCGCCAGCCAUCCGCAAAUUAAAAGGAUCAGCAGGCACAGGCACGUGCCUAAACACAUCUACAACGCCCAAAGGGAGCUUAGAAUUGUCAAAGAGAAGGUCAAGAGGAAAGAAGCCAACAGGAGAGCGCAUUCCAAACCGGGAGAGGUGCCUUUCGUUCCGGAAAGGCACAAGAAUAUACUCAAGGAACAGAAGUGAUAGAAUUCUCGUUGCUGUGCAUAUUUGGUUAAUAAAAAUUAUGAGGGAAUACCUGUUUUCGAUAUACACUUUAAAAUGAAUAAACUAAUAAAAAUGGGCACUAAUUUCAAA